AUGAAACAGCCCUGUCACAUUGUGAGUACUGUGGACACCAUCCACUCCUCUGUUGUUCUGGUGUUCUUGGAGACCAAACACUGCCUCCACGGCAGGCCCAAACACCGGGCUCAUACCAUUCCAUAUACAGUGUUACCGGGCCCGGUGGAUGGGGGGGGCCACGCGGCCCUGGGGGGGCUCUGUGAGGGGGACGAGGUGGUGUCCCUGAACAGGACGCCCUGUGCGGACCUCACCCUCUCAGACGCCGUGGCACUGAUGGAGUCCUCCGCGGACCGCCUCUGUCUGCUCGUCAAAAGGUACCAGGCCUCCGAUCCUCUGGACCCAGAUGGAGACCAGCAUAGUUUUGGGGCACAGCAGGACCCUGUCGAAGGGGGGGUAGAGAGCACCACACUCCGGAUCUGGCCACGGAGGGAGCUGUACAUCUCUGAGUCCCAGGACGAGGCCUACUACGGAGAGUCGGAGAGUGACCCCGAGACCUCGGGAAAAGCCCCACCAGCCCCUGGCAGCAGAACUGGGGCUCCCUGCCCUGGGGCCACCCAGGGGUCCUUAACCACAGGGGGAUUGGUGGAGCUGCAGCUGCCCCUCGCCGACCACACCCUGGGUGAGCGAGAUGACGGUGGCACCACGAAGGUGGGCGUCCGGACAGGGACGUCGGUCACGGUGACAACGGAGAUCAGCAGUAAAGUGGCCCCCGGAGACCCCGAAACCAGGAUCUACAGGGCUCCUACUGCCAGCAGUGAGCCCCUGCACAUCCCCAUCCAGGGCAGGGAGCCCCUGGGGCAGCGGGGGGAGGUGGUGAUCACCCUGCAGGGCUUUGGGAGGGGCCGGCAGGGGGAGGAGGAGGUGGGGGAGGAGGUCAGGGCGAGGGGGUGUGUUGAUCGCGAGGCAACACCUCCCGCUCAAGUCUCCUUCUCAGUCUCUUCCUCUGAGGAGGCCCAGACUGGCGACCAGUGGGAAUCAGAGUCCGAGGGAGACCCCAACGAGCCCAACAAGCACCGGGCAAGACACGCCAGGCUCAGGCGCAGUGAGAGCCAAUCAGAGAAGCAGGUGAAGGAGGCUAAAUCUAAAUGUAAGCGCAUUGCUCUGCUGCUGACCGCGGCCCCAAACCCCAACAACAAGGGGGUGUUGAUGUUCAAGAAGCGCCGGCAGAGGGCCAAGAAGUACACGCUCGUGAGCUACGGGACCGGGGAGACCGAACCCGAGGAUUCGGACGAGGAAGACGAGGCCCAGGCAGUCCAGUUCACUCUCCUGGACGCUAGCGAGUCGGAACUUGACGACAACUUCCUGGCGAAUGCCCAAGGCCACGGCCACAUCUUGACCUUGGACUGGGACACCGGGCUGCUCGAGAUCGAGAAGAAGCUUGACGGCGGAGAGGACAUGGAGUGUUUGCCGGAGACCAAGGGCAAAGGGGCGCUGAUGUUCGCCAAGAGGCGGCAGAGGGUCGACGAGAUCACGGCCGCGCACGAGGAGAUGCGGAAGCAGGGCAUACCUGUGGAAGCCGCGCCUAAAGAGAUAUCCUACCAGGUAGAGGAACACACCUAUGUGCAGUCUCCGGGAGGCCAGGUCUACAUGGACGUGAACGUUCAGCAGCAACAGCAACGUUAUGAGCAACAGCAACAAUACCAACAACAGCAACAAUAUGAGCAGCAGCAACAAUAUGAGCAGCAGCAACACUACCAACAGCAGCAGCAAUAUCAGCAGCAGCAGUACCAGCAACAGCAACAUUACGAGCAACAGCACUACCAGCAACAGCAACAGUAUGAGCAACAGCAACAAUACCAACAACAGCAACAUUAUGAGCAGCAGCAACAUUAUGAGCAGCAGCAACAAUAUCAGCAACAGCCACACUACCAGCAACAACAACACUACCAGCAACAGCAGCAACAGUACUCUCACAGUAUGAAUGGUGUCGUUAGCCACCAAGUAGAGGCACAAAGAGCUGCAGCCCAUAAUAUAACCGCUAAGCCCUUCAGUGGGGUCCAGAACAGAGUACCUGCCCCCUUUCUGCCUUCACAAGAACACCCGGAGGCCUGGACACCCACAAGCUCUGGGGAGCAGAUAGCCUCACGGGACGAGCGUAUAGCCGUACCAGCGAUCAAAACCGGCAUCCUCCAGGAGACCCGAAAGAGGAACCAGUCCAAGCCCAUGUUCACUUUCAAAGAAGCCCCCAAGGUUUCUCCCAACCCCGAGCUGCUGAACCUUCUCAACAAACACGAGAAGAAGCCUGGGUUUGAGUCAGAGGAGGACUACCUCAGCCUGGGCGCUGAGGCCUGUAACUUCCUGCAGGCUGGCAAGAAGAAGGUCCCCCCGCCUGUUGCUCCGAAGCCCGCCAUCAAUCCAGCUUCACCGCCUUGGUCCCCUCAACCGGAGUACCCCGGCCAGGUACCCUCCCAAGCUGGGCUCUAUGCUCCUGCCGGACCCCCUCCCACUGAAGCUCCUCAUCCUACCUUUCAGGCCCCUCAGAAGUCUCCACCGCAACACGUUACCGUAAGUUCCUGGAGCCCACCGGAACCUCAAGCCCUGCAGCCUGAUGCUCAGGGUCUCUCCCAAAAUCAUGAGCCCCUCCACCAGUCUGUGGCCACCUGGGCCCCAGCCCAGAGCAAGUCACAACCACAGGCCCCUGUUACAGCCUGGGCCCCAGCCCAGAGUGAGUCUCAGCCACAAGCCCCUGUUACUACCUGGGCCCCAGCUCAGAGUGAGUCAGAACCACAACCUGCCGUGACUGCUUGGGCCCCAGCCCAGAGUGAGUCAGAACCACAGGCUCCUGUUACAGCCUGGGCCCCAGCUCAGGGUGAGUCAGAGCCACAGGCCCCUGUUACUGCCUGGGCCCCAGCCCAGAGCGAGUCAGAACCACAGGCCCCUGUUACCGCCUGGGCCCCAGCUCAGAGUGAGUCAGAGCCACAGGCCCCUGUCACUACCUGGGCCCCAGCUCAGAGCGAGUCAGAGCCACAACCUGUUGUGACUGCCUGGGCCCCAGCUCAGAGCCAGUCAGAACCACAGGCCCCUGUCACUACCUGGGCCCCAGCUCAGAGCGAGUCAGAGCCACAACCUGCCGUGACUGCCUGGGCCCCAGCUCACAGUGAGUCAGAACCACAGGCCCCUGUUACAGCCUGGGCCCCAGCUCAGAGCGAGUCAGAGCCACAGGCCCCUGUUACUGCCUGGGCCCCAGCUCAGAGCGAGUCACAGCCAUCCUGGGUUUCAGCACCCCAGCCACAACCCCAGCCACAACCACCUCCCCGGCAACAACCCCAGCCACCUCCACGGCAACAGCCCCAACCACCUCCCCGGCAACAACCCCAACCACCGCCCCGGCAACCCAAGGCCCAAGUACAGGCCUAUCCUCCCCCCCAGUCGCCCGGCGAUGCCCAGAUGCCACCCCCCUGGCCUCAAACACCCCCCGGUUUUGCGCAGCAGGAGGGCGAACCCCGCUGGCCUUCCCCACCCCAGGCCCAGCCCCAGUCACCCGCCACCGCCUGGGCCCCCCAGCCCAGCCUAGCCCACAAUCACGUAGCGGCUCCGCAGGCCCCCAAAUCACAGAAUCACCCGCCUCCCCAGCAAAGGAUAAACUCCUACACACACGUGUCCAAGGCCCUGUCCGAUUCGCCGGGCGGCCCCGGCCCGGCUUUCGGCAUGCCCGCCUUGAAGGGCAAAGGGGCGGAGCUGUUCGCCAAGAGGCAGUCCCGUAUGGAGAAGUAUGUGGUGGACUCCGCUAGCGUGGAGGCUAAAGUUAAAGCUCAGUCCCCCACCGCUUCCCUGCCCGGCUCCUGGAAGUAUUCCUCCAAUAUCCGAGCUCCCCCGCCCCUUUCUUACAAUCCCAUCCAGUCUCCCUCUUAUCCCCCCGGGGCGGCCAAACCGGGGGCCCCCUCUGGCCCGCCCCCCAAGCCUAAGGCCAAGGGCAAGGGCAAGCCGAUCAAACCCAUGCAUGCCCUGGAUGUCAUGAAAUAUCAGCCCUACCAGAUGAACUCGUCCCUCUUCACUUACGGGGCAGCUGUGGAAGCCAACCCCCCCGCCUCUGCCCCCGCCCCCGCCCCCGCCCCAGCACCUGUCAGCAAAAAGCAACCAAUCAAAUUUGAGAAAGCUGCCGCAGUCCAGCCUUCUGGACCAAUGGGUGCUCAUUAUCCCGUCUCACCGCAGCAGCAGCCUCACCAGCCUCAGCAUCCAUCUUAUGGCACCCCUCCCGGUUUGCAAGAUGGCUACCAAAUGGCUGCUAAUUCCUACCAACAACCUGCUGUCCCUGUCUAUCCGCCAGGUCCUAGUCCUCCAUACCAACAAGCUCCGAGCCCCCCUUACCAACCAGGCCCUAACCUGGCCUACCAACCAGGCCCAAACCCUGGCUACCAGCCAGGCCCUAACCCUGCCUACCAGCAAGCCCCUAGUCCUCCCUAUCAAGCAGCACCUUCAGUAGGCUACGCUCCAGCUCCCAGUUCCUACGUGGUUCCCAAGUUCCCUGUGGCCUCCAGGGCUGAGCCGGUAGCCACAGGAGGGGUUAUUGCUGCUCCAAAGCCCAAGUUCUCUGCCAAAAAGUCUGCAGGUCAGGUGUGGAAGCCAGCAGCCGUGGAGUCCUCAGAGCUGUAGAGCGCACACAGUAGACACUCUGCUUGACAUAACAGCUGUAGGUUGGCUGUGUGGUCAUUUGAGGUUGUCCUCCUCUGAAACCAUUUAUCUGGCAUGCUGAGAAAAAGAAAAAAGAAAAAAAGAUACUCAUAAUGAUUAAGCGGAAUGCUAACAGGGUUAAAACCAAGACUUACAGUUUCCUCAACCUUCAGUUUCUUGUUCAGUAAAUUGCAAGGGUAGUUUAAUUUGAGAUAUUAUUGCUAUAAAUCACAUGAGUACAAUAUAAAUUCAACACUAGUCACAGAGCAUUUCUUAAUAUCUGAAUUAUGUAUAGUUUUUGGAAAGCUUCAUGUUAGCUUCAUGUAGUUAUGUGUCCAGCCAACAACCUUUAUCUGUGUUGCUUUUCAUGUUAGCAUUCACAUUUUCUUUGGAACAUACAUUUUUCUUUCUUCAGUGUCAGUAUUUAGAUUAGUAUAAUGGGCAGCUGGAAAUUUACAGUAUCAUACAUUAAGUUAAAGACAAAACAGAUUUUUGUUCAUUUUUAUAUCAAAUAGAAAAGCCUCGGUAUCUCCUUAUUAUUUGGUGAUAUAAUUGGAAAAGACAAGAAACUGUUUUUGAUGCGCAUUUUUAAGACUACGUAAAAAAAAUGUGCAAUGUGUUGACUGCACACAUAUUCAUAAAUGCCAGCAUUUACAAAGAAAGAGAGACGGAAAAGGAGAGACUAAAGCAUUAUGAUUAAUGUUUAAGAAAGAUAUUUUGAUUUGAAAAAAAGGAAAGAUAAAGUAGACUGAAAGUGGUGAAAGCGUUGAAUAAAUCGAAACACAGAGUGCUUCUUCCUUAACUUCAAGUCACGGAUUGAAGCAAGUGUUUAAAGAAAAUACUGGGGCACAUUUAUUUGAAGGUUUUAGCAUAUUUGAAAGGGUUUGCACACACAAACACCACUAUGCUGACUGACUGAAUCAGCUGAAGGAUUGGUUUGCUGGAGCUAGCAUCCUCUGUGCUAAAACUUUAAUUUAAAUAUGACCUGUGUACAGUGGUAGCUGAAACCAACUGAAAAUGAUUUUUAAAAAGAAAAAUCAUUUAACUUUCUUGGUUUUAAAUGUAAUUUUGCUCUCUGAAUCCACACUGUGUGAGACUUUCAAAAGUGACAUACAUUUUGUAUAGUUAAAAAUAUACAGUUAAGUAUAUUAUGUUUGCAAGAAAGAAUAUCCUCUUGAAGUCUGAAAAGUAUGAAUUCAAUGGCAAGUUGUGUGCGGUAGGAAACAAAGUCAUAUGUAAAUAGUGAGUCAAAGGCAAAACACAGCACAACAGUACGAGAGAGAAAGACGUGUUUAAUUAAUGUUACUGUAAUGAUCUGUCUUUGGCUUUGUCUAUGUGAGGAGUACACUCCUCAGCUUUAGGUUAAAAAUUAUAUCUGUACGUAAGUAGCACAAACAUAUUAUCUCGAUCUUCUGAAGGCAGAGAGAAUGUAUGCAAGAAUCUGAGGUCUUAGCAAUGUUCUUUUGCUAAGCUUGCAAUUUAAUAAGAUUGAAAAGGAAAACAAUAUUUUCUUAAGUGUAAUUCAUGUUAGGGUUAUGAGUGGAGGAGGUGGAACAUACAGAGAUGAAUACACUCCUCUUGACGGAUGUGGAUCUUGUAAAAUAUUCUUCAGUAUCUUCCACUGACCCUGCUUGAGCAGCGUGCUUUUCUUUUUGCUGGCUGCGAUGUUGUUGGAGACCCUAAAUUAAACUGCACCGCGAGAUGGACUGUUCCUCUGUUUGGAGUGGAGGUGGUCCUCGCAGGACAGGGGUUUGUGUUCCGGUUUGUUCUGGUAUGUGUCACAGCUGGUAUCACUGCAGUUCUUUUUCUGUUUUAUUUUUGUAUAAGUCUCGCCCGUGCUUUCCUUUCACUGUUUUGUUUUUCCCCCACUUCUGUGUCAGUUUCACAAAUUUCAACCUGCUUUGUUAAAAAGACAACAGAGUUAUCCAGUACAAAAAGGCUUUGCUGAGUCUAAAUCGGCCCUUUCGAUAAAAAAAUGAGAAUAAAAAUGACUCAAAAAAUGUUGAUCCAUAUUGUGGUAUAGAAGAAAUGGUUCUGUGAAGCCUUGGAGACUUUCUGCUAAAUCUGUUGUCUUCUUCCUCCUGUUAUUUUUAUGUUUAUCUUCCUGUGAUGAACUUUCUGUAUGCUUCACCUCUAUUGCAUUAAAAAUGGGCUCUCAUUCA